GAUGACCAUCGCUUGAUAAAAUCCAGCUGAGUUUUUUCACGUCGUCAUUUCUUAAGUGCGCCGUCUCUCUCUCUCUCUCUCUCUCGCUCUGAUUUUCCGGCGAACAUCUCCGCCCUCCCGUCUCCUCUCUGUCACAGCAUCUCUUGGCUGGUUUCUACUACGAGCACAAUAAGCUACAGUCAGGCCGGAACCAGGUGCUUCAUUAUCUGCUGGGCUGAAUCACCGGCGGGAAUUCUGUGGGGCUGUGCCGACCGUUUAAGGGGCUGAGUCGACGGCUCUUUUCUUGUUUUUUUUCUUUGUGGAGAUUCUUUCGUUGGCAUUGAGCAGCUUGGUAUGACAACGGAGGCUCAACCUUCUGCCUGUCCGAAGAGGAAGAUUAUUGUAGCCAAUCAGCUCCCUCUGCAUGCACAGCAGGACACAUCAAGUGGGAGAUGGGACUUCAGCAUGGAUCAGGAUUCUAUCCUUGUUCAACUGAAGGAUGGCUUGUCAUCUGAUGUUGAGGUUCUCUAUGUUGGUUGUCUCAAGGCUGAUAUAGAUCCAAGCGAGCAGGAGGACAUUGCUCAAAGACUUCUAGAAGAGUUCAAAUGUGUACCAACAUUUCUACCUCCUGACCUUCAAGCAAAGUUUUAUCAUGGCUUCUGCAAACAGCAUCUGUGGCCUUUGUUUCAUUACAUGCUUCCCCUGUGUGAAGAUUAUGGGAAUCGCUUUGAUCGAUCUCUCUGGCAGGCUUACGUGUCUGUUAAUAUGAUAUUUGCAAACAAGAUCCUUGAAGUCAAUCCAGAUGAUGCGUAUGUUUGGAUUCAUGACUAUCAUCUUAUGAUCCUUCCCACCAUAUUGAGGGAACGGUACCAUCAUGUCAAGCUGGGGUUCUUCUUGCACAGCCCAUUCCCAUCUUCAGAAAUUUAUAGGACACUUCCUGUUCGUGAUGAGAUUUUAAGGGGAUUGCUGAAUUCAGAUCUAAUUGGAUUUCAUACAUUUGACUACGCUCGUCAUUUCCUCUCCUGUUGCAGUAGAAUGCUGGGCCUGGAUUAUGAGUCCAAGAGAGGCUACAUAGGUCUUGAAUAUUAUGGCAGAACUGUGAGCAUUAAGAUUCUUCCUGUGGGUGUCCAUAUGGGCCAGCUUGCAUCUUUACUGAAUCUUCCUGAGACCUCUGCCAGGGUGAAAGAGAUCCAGGAGCAAUUCAAAGGAAGGACUUUGAUUCUUGGUGUUGACGACAUGGACAUAUUCAAAGGUAUCAGUCUGAAGUUACUAGCAGUGGAGCGACUGUUGGAUCAACAUGGUGAUUUGCAAGGACAAAUAGUUAUGGUUCAGAUUGCCAAUCCUGCCCGGACUUCAGGGAAAGACAUUGAUGAAGCUAAGAGAGAAACAUAUGCAACUGCAGAGAGGAUCAACCAACGGUUCGGUUAUCCAGGUUAUAAGCCUGUGGUUCUGAUUGAUAAGCCCAUACAUCUUUAUGAGAAGAUCUCUUUUUAUGUCGUGGCUGAGUGCUGCAUUGUUAACCCAGUGAGAGAUGGCAUGAAUCUGGUCCCUUACAAGUAUGUAGUUUGUAGGCAGGGAACCCAACAAUUGGAUGAAGCCAUGUGUGUUGCCCCAGGAACGAGAAAGGAAAGUAUGCUUGUUGUGUCUGAAUUCAUUGGAUGCUCACCAUCCCUCAGUGGAGCUAUUCGGGUUAACCCAUGGAACAUUGAUGCAGUAGCCGAUGCCAUAAAAUCAGCAUUGACUUCUUGCUCGACUGAGAAACACAUGCGUCAUGAGAAGCAUUAUAAGUAUGUUAGUUCACAUGAUGUGGCUUACUGGGCACGUAGCUUUGACCAAGAUUUGGAGAGAGCAUGCAGGGAUCACUUUAAUAAGAGGUGCUGGGGUAUUGGUUUUGGGUUAGGCUUUAGGAUCAUGGCUCUCAGUCCUAGUUUCAGGAAGCUCUCUGAUGAACCAGUCAGCUAUGGAUACAGGAGAACAAAAAGAAGGGCCAUAUUCUUGGAUUACGAUGGCACCAUGACACCUCAGCUGACUGCCAGUGCAACUCCAAGCCCGGAAGUAAUAGCAGUUCUUAAUGGUCUGUGCAGUGAUCCUAAGAACACCGUGUUCAUUGUCAGUGGUAGGGGCCGUGCUUCUUUGAGCAGAUGGUUCUCUUCCUGUGUCCUGUUGGGAAUUGCUGCGGAGCAUGGUUACUUUAUGAGAUGGCACAGAGAUUCAGAGUGGGAAUCUCCUUCUAUUCCUGUUGAUUUUGAUUGGAAGCAGAUUGCUGAACCUGUUAUGAAGGUGUAUACAGAAACGACAGAUGGGUCCUCGAUUGAAGUAAAGGAGAGUGCACUGGUUUGGCACCAUGGAAAUGCUGAUCCAGAUUUUGGUUCCUGUCAAGCCAAGGAACUGUUAGAUCACCUCGAGAGUGUCCUGGCAAAUGAACCAGUGAUGGUUACAAGGGGCCAGCAUAUUGUUGAGGUCAAGCCACAGGGUGUAGGUAAAGGCUGGGUUGCAGCACGCGUCCUAUCAACAAUGUCAACUAAGGGAGAGCCGCCAGAUUUUAUAUUGUGCAUUGGGGAUGAUCGGUCAGAUGAGGACAUGUUCGAGAGUAUCUCAAAUUCUGCGCCCUCAUCUGCUGAAAUUUUUGCAUGUACAGUUGGCAGGAAGCCAAGCAAGGCCACCUACUACCUUAAUGACACAGAAGAGGUCAUAAGACUGCUUGAAAGCCUUGCUAUUACGUCAGACGAAUCAUCACAACAGGCAUUUGGUCAGGUUUUGUUUGAGAGUUCUGCUUGAAGCAUGCACAGAAACGGCAACCAUGGCAAGCGUAUUAGCACACACUAACCGUAGAGAGAAAAUUUGGUUCUACAGCAUUUUGACUGAUAAAAUUCCAUUUUAUACAAACGAAGGAGCUAACCCACAGCACAAAGCAUACCAUCUGGUUAUAUACUUUCAUAUCCAAGGUUGUACAUUGUGGAGGGUAUUCAGUUUGUGGUUGCUCCAUUUUGGGUUUUCGCCUGGUGGAAAGGAAUCCGGUGAUUGUUGCACCUGACGGUGUGAGGCUGGGACAGAGAGGAGGGGGAGGGCUGCCAUAACAAUUUUUUUUUUUUUUUUUGGUUACCGUUGGAUACAAGGUAUGAAGGUUUUGUAAUUGUCAUUUUCUCAGAUGUGAUUGCUUCAUUGUUUUGUACAGACAUUUCCUUUUUGCAAAAAAUGGAGACAACCCAUUUACAGAGUUCUUUUA